CGGUCGGACACGGACACACACACGGAGCAGCACCAUGUCUGCAUUCUGGACAGGAACUCAUACUUCUGCUUGAAGUGAUUUAUUCCCAGGUCCCAGGAGGAAAUCCCUCAGCUGCGACACCCAUGCCACUUCCUGUAAGGCCACCCUCCCCUGCUGCACCCAGAGACGUUACUCGCUCGGAAAGCCAAGGAGAGCUGAGAGAGGAAAGGAUGGGACAUCCGAAGACUGAUCGAAGCAAGCCAGAGGAUCCACGUACGGACUCUACAGAGGAGGCUGUGUCGGGGAUCACAAAGCGAACUCCCAACAGCCUCUGUGGAUACCUGCACAAGCUGGGUGGACCCCUCAGGAGCUGGAAGUCCCGUUGGUUCACAUACAAGGCGAGGAAGUGCCAGCUGUUUUACUAUAGGACCCCCCAAGACCCCAACCCUUUGGGCCACAUCGAGCUCGCCGACGCCACAUUCGGCUUCCCCCUCCAGGCAGAUGAAGGGACCUUCCACAUUCAGACUCCAGAACGCACCUUCAUUCUCAAGGCGAAGAACCGAGAGGCCAUGAUGUACUGGCUGCAACAGCUGCAACAGAAGCGCUGGCAGCACAGGGUGCCUGCGCAGGUGUGCGGAUACGCACAGGCGGUUGGAGAGCAGGCAGCACCAGGAGGCUGCGCAGAUGUAAACUUCCUGCCUGCGGUGAAGACCCCCACGAUACUGGUAGGCGAGACGGCGGCGACGCUACCUGCUGUGAAGCAGCGUGGGACACUGAGCAACGUCUCCUUUAAGCACCCCCUGACUGAGAUCCAGAACUCGGUGCACAGCCUACGUCUGAGCCUCUCGUCCCAGGAGCCGACGCAGAGCACGUUCCCAUGGGAGGACGUGUUGCCCCCGCCAGAGGAGGCAGGAACGUUGGCCACGCUUAGAGACUCCAUACUACCCGUUCAGCCAGAGUCGUCGUUCGAUCAGAAGUCUUCCUGCCCGUCCCCCUCCCUGCCUUCGUCUUUCUCGUUGUCUCCAUCCCUGUCCCUUCGCAGCAGGAAGAAGAAGAGGGGUUUGUCAGCCACCAUGACAGCAGACCAGCAGAAGGCCUCUGCAGCAGACCGGACUUCUCGCCUCCAGCAGCAGGUGCACUUGCUGUCUGAAGAAGUCAAGGCACAGAAGGAGCUGGUAUGGCUGCUGCACAAGGCACUGGAAGCGGCGCAGCAGGAGAAGCGCACCUGCGUACAGUUCCUGUCGGCAGAAGGAGAGCAAGAGCGACUGGAGCUGCUCCAGAGCCAGGAGCGGCACGCGGCCAACCUCGGAGCACGGCUGGAGGCUCUGCACAGCCAAAAGGAGGCGCUGCACAAGAGCCUGGCUCAGCGUGAUGCUCAUGUGGCUGAGCUGCAGGAACACGUGCAGCUCAUGAUGGAAAGGAACCAGGCCAAACAGGAGGUCAUCCUCAAGCUGUCAGAGCAGGUGGCUGCCAACACUGCCAUCACCAAUGGUGUAGCGGCCGAGACCCCUGGGCAGCCGCAGGAGGAGAUCGAGAAUCUCAAGGAUGAUAUUGAAGCCUACAAACUUCAGAACAACUUCCUGAACUCCGAGAUCUACCAGCUGACAAAUCUGUGGCGAAAGAGUUCAGAGCAGGAGAAGAGUCUAAUGGUGAAGUGCGCCUACCUGGAAGCCAGGAGUUGCCAGGCAGAGAGCCGCUACCUGGCAGUGCUGCGCAAGCUGCAGGAGACCAAAGGCCUGGACCAAGGGGAGCGGGAGGCCGUGCGGAGGCUGGUAGAGGAGGCGCUGCAGGGGGAUGCCAAGGACCACCUCAAACUGGACCCUAUCAGGGAACAUGACGACUAUGGCUUCAAGAUCAUCCCAGACUAUGAGGUGGAGGACAUGAAGCUACUGGCAAGGAUCCAGGCUUUAGAGAUCCGCUCACACAACCUGCUGCAGCAGGAGUCUGGAGACAAGACCAGUGAGGCCCGUUGGGCACAGUAUCUGGGUGGGCGGCCAUCAGGUGAGCUGACACCCUCCCCAGAGCUAAAGGUGCUGCUACGGGGUGGUGUGCCACCAUCUUUCCGCCCACGAGUGUGGCGAUGGGUGGUACGGAUGCGCACGCACUCCCACCGCGUACGCCAGCCGGGACGGUACCGCCAGCUGUGCAAAAAGGGACAGGCCUCCCAGCACCCUGCUGCCCGGCAGAUCCAGCUUGACCUACACCGCACACUCACCAGCAAUGAGCGUUUCUCCUCGCCCACCAGCCCCGCCCUCAAGCAGCUCCACCGCAUCCUGAUGGCAUUCUCCUGGCAGAACCCCACAAUCGGCUAUUGUCAGGGCCUCAACAGGCUGGCAGCCAUUGCCCUCCUGGUUCUAGAAGAUGAGGAGGAAGCCUUCUGGUGUUUAGUGGCUGUGGUGGAAACCAUCAUGCCCCAGGACUACUACAGCAAGACCCUCAUUGCCUCCCAGGCAGACCAACGGGUGCUGAAGGACUUCAUGGCAGAGAAGAUGCCCCGGCUUAUGGCCCACCUUGAGGAGUACAGCGUGGAUGUGUCCCUCGUCACCUUCAACUGGUUCAUGGUGGCUUUCGUGGAGAGUCUGGCCAGUGACAUCCUGCUGCGUGUGUGGGAUGCCUUCCUGUACGAGGGCACCAAGGUGUUAUUUCGCUAUGCAAUGGCCAUCUUCAAGUACAAGGAGGAGGAUAUCCUGAAGAUCCAUGACACCAUUGAGAUUUACCAGUACCUACGUUUCUUCACCAAAACCAUCUCAGAUGGCAGGAAGCUAACAAGCAUCGCCUUCCAUGAGCUGAACCCCUUCCCCAUGCGGCUGCUGCGAAACCGGAGGGCACAGCACCUGGAGCGGCUGCAAGCUGACCAGCUUGAGCUUGAACGCGUCCAGCAGGAAUUUGUGGAAGAGAACAGUGAGAGCAUACAGCACACGGACAAGGAGCUGGAUGCUGUUGCCAGUGAGGAUGAUGACGCGUAGCUCUGGCCGUAGUCCCCUUGGUGAUGCAGCAUGGCUGACACAAAUACAACCCUGAAGGAAAGGUCAUUUUUUGGUCUGUUGGCAGAUGGACAGGAAGCAAGAAGUUUGACCUGCUAUAAACAGGCCCACUCAUCCAGAAGCACAGAUCA